CCAAAAGUUGGAUUUUGAGGGAGGCUUUGUUUCGCCAAUGAUGCGUGCCUUCCGCAGCGUGCGUCUUCCACAAGGCGUGCGGGGCAACGGUGGCCUGGGAUUCGUUGGGCUCGGGAAGAUCGGCAACGGAAUGGUCACCAACCUGCUGAAGGCGGGUCAGCGCCUGGUGGUCUACGACCCAAACGCCGCCGCUCGCGACGCUGCCGAGCAGCUGGGGGCGAGUUCCGUGACGAGCCUCGAGGAGGUGGCCAAGUGCCCGGUGGUCUUCUCGGCCCUGCCGGACGACCAGGUCUUGCGGCGUGUGGCCACGGAGCUGCUGCCGGCGCUGAAGCCGGGCGCCAUCCACGUCUCCUGCUCCACGGUGUCCCCGAACAUCUCGCGGGCCUUGGCGGAGGAGCACCUUGCGGGCGGCGUGGGCUUCGUUGCGGCUCCGGUCUUUGCGCGCCCCGAUGGCAUGCGCCGAGGCGAGGCGACCUUUCCAGUCAGUGGCCCCAGCUGGGCCAAGGAGAAAGUGAUUCCUUUGCUCGAGAAGACGGCGCUGGGUGUGCACGACUUUGGCGAGGAUGCAGGGGCAGCCAACGUGGUGAAGCUGGGCGGGAACUUCCUCAUCGCUGCGGCCAUCCAAGCCCUUUCGGAGGCCAACGCCCUGGCGGAGAGCUAUGAGGUGGACCGUGAGAAGUUCACCUCCUUGAUGUCCUCCACCAUCUUCGACUGCCUCAUCUACCGCGGCUAUGGUCAUCGAGUUGCUGCCAGGGACCAUCACCCCUACCCAGACGCU